AUGCUUUCGGUGUAUCUUUAUGGUAAGCGGAUCCCGUUGAAGAAACUUACGACAGAUUCAACUGUACCAUUUCAUUUUCUUCACAAAGAUGGAUUGAUUUUUAAUCCAAAUUUAUUAGAAUGCUGUAAAAAUCAAUUCUUUAUCAAUUUCUGUAGUCUUGCGGAUUUGAGUUCACCCGAGUUAGACUCAAGAACUGCUUCUUCUGCAGCUAAAACAAAACCUAAAUUUGCGAAGAAAUUAGCAAAAGAGAGUUCGUAUACGAUUUCUUAUUUGAUAAAUUCAUGUGGGCUGUCUCCAGAGAAGGCUAUCUCUGUUUCUGAGAAAGUGCAUUUUGAAACCCCAGAGAGACCCAAUUCUGUGCUUACCUUUUUAAAGAAACAUGGGUUUAGUAGUACCCACAUUGCUAAUCUUGUUAGGAAAAGGCCUGAGCUUCUUUUAUCCAAUCCUGAGAAAACCCUUCUGCCCAAGCUUGAAUUUUUCAAAUCUAUUGGAUUUUCAAACGAUAGCCUUGGGAGCACCAUCUCCAGAGACCCUACUUUAUUGGUGAGAAGCUUAGAAAAUCAUAUUAUUCCCAACUAUAAUUUUCUGAAGAGCGUGCUUUUGACUGAUGAAAAAGUUUUGGCUGCUAUGAAGCGAACAUCAUGGAUUUUUCUAGAGAAUCCUGCGAAGAAUCUUGUUCCAAAUAUCACGGUUUUGAAGGAACUUAGUGUCCCACAAUCAUGCAUCAUACUGCUAUUGACGCAUUUUCCGGAGGCCAUAAUGCAAAAAAGUGACGAGUUUGGAGCCUCUGUUUCUAAGGUGGUGGAAAUGGGAUUCAAUCCUUUGAAAUCAUUGUUUGUAUUGGCAUUGCAUGCAAUUUCAGGAAAAGGGAAAACAUGGGCUCAGUGUUAUAAGACUUAUAGUAAAUUGGGUUGGUCGAAGGAUGAUAUCUACACGGCAUUUAGAAAACACCCGAAUUGCAUGAUCAUGUCGGAGAAGAAGAUCUCUAAAACAAUGGACUUUCUGGUUAACAAGAUGGGGUGGGAGUCCAAAAUGAUUGCAUCGUGUCCGGCAGUUCUCUUCUUCAAUUUGGAGAAUAGGACAAUUCCGAGGUGCUCCACCGUUCGGUUUUUGAUCUCCAGGGGAUUUAUUAAGAAAGAUGUGAAAUUGAGUACUGUGUUGAUUCCUAAAGAGAAAUCUUUCUUAGAAAAGUUUGUGACCAAAUAUGAGAAGCAAGUACCUAGACUAUAUGAUUUUUACCAAGGGAAGAUUGGCAUUGAGGAAUUGUGA